AAAUAUUAAAGAUGAUUUUGAUAGGAAAGAAAGAUAAAAGAGCAGAAGAGGAAGAAAAGAAGGAUGACGGCAAGAAGAGAGUAAAGCAAUCACCAGCAGAAUUAAGAUGGAGGAAGGAAAUCGGAGAACUCGAUCUCCCUUCUCAUGCUGAGGUCGACUUCCCAGAAGAAACAGAUAUUUGCAAUUUUAAAGUAACUGUGGAUCUGAAGAACGAGGAUUGCCUUUGGAAGGGUGGUAAAUACCAUUUCUCUCUCAAUAUUCCAAAAGAUUACCCUCACAAGCCUCCAAAAGUUCAUUGUGAUACACAGAUUUAUCACCCAAAUAUUAACAUGGACGGAGCAGUGUGCUUAAACAUUUUAAGAGAUGAUUGGAAACCAAUUUUAACAGUAAAUGCGGUCAUUUUGGGACUGAUCUUCUUGUUCAUUGAGCCUAAUCCAGAAGACCCGCUGAAUCAUGAAGCUGCAGAGCUCAUGAGAGAGGACUACUCGAGUUUUGAAGACGAAGUCAGAAGGUCACUAAGAGGGGAGAAGGUCGAUGGAGUGAAGUUCCCUAAAUUUAUAUAGACAGCGAUGUGCAUCGUAAGUACUUUAACACUUAAAGCCUGGAAGUGCC